AUGAGCCUCAGUCCCUCCAAGGUUGCGCCAGAGGCCGGGCCCCAGUCCGCAGCCCAGAAGCCGGAGCGGGAGCGGGAGCCGCAGCCGCAGCCGCAGGCGAGGCAGAAAGCCGAGGCCCAGCCCCCGCCGGACUCCGGGAGGCCGUCGGAGGGGGAGGCGCGCCCGCGGGCACGGCCGCUCCCCGCCUCCAAGCCCGAGUCAGAGCGGCCCUUGCAGUCAAGUCAAGGACGGGGACCCAAGCUUCACUGGGCUUCGGGCCAGCGCACGCAGUCCCUUGAGGCGUCCCAUUCCCAGUCGGGGUCCGCGAGGGGGCUUUCAGGCCUGCGGAUAUCAAGGUCACGCUCAAGGUCACGGUCGGGAAAUCAGCGGUCGGAGAGACCCCGCUGCCACACCGACUGCCUGGAGACGCCCCUCUCCCGCGCCUUCGGAAGGCUGGGGUGGGUGGUGGGCUCGCACCCCUGGAUCUUCCUGCUGGCGCCCAUUGCGCUGACGGCCAUUCUGGGCACCGGCUUGAUUUACUUACCCAAGGAUAAAGAGGAAAACCUGGAGGAGCAGUACACCCCCAUCGGGAGCCCCGCCAAGGCUGAGCGGCGCUUUGUGCAGGGACAUUUCACCGCCAACGACUCUUACCACUUCUCCAUCUCCAGGAAGAGCACUGAAGUCAAUUUCGCUUGCAUUCUGGCGGUCUCCAACACCACCUCCGUGCUGGAACAAGAAAUCCUGGAAGAAAUUAGUAAACUGGACGCUGUGAUACAGGAUCUGUAUGUGACCAAGGAAAACGGAACCCAGACCCGCUACGAUCAGGUGUGCGCUAAGAACGAGGAUUUCUGCGUUCCCUCCAACCCGCUCCUGGCUGUCUGGCAGAGGAACAAAAACCUCGAACUGGGAAACGUCACCUUCCCAAUAUUCAACCCAACAGGCCAGCCCAUCUACCUGGCCGGGACUAUUGGAGGAACAGUUUUAGGCAAGAGGAUGGGAAAGAACCAGUUACUCUUGAGGGCCAAGGCCAUGCGGUUACUGUACUUCCUGAAGACUGGGGAUGGCGAGGUCAACGAGCUUAGCAAGAUGUGGCUGAUCCAUUUCCUGAACCAAUUUAGCAACAUCGAAAAGAAUCUGGCCUUGAAGAAGAUCCAGGUGGUCUACUUUACAUCACUUUCCAGACAACUGGAAUUUCAAGCCACUUCUAUGACAGUGAUCCCUUUGUUUCACUUGGCAUACCUUCUAAUCAUAUUAUUCGCAAUCAUAUCAUGCUACGGGUAAAACAGUUUUAUUAGUUGUUUAACUCUUUUAAAAAAUA